CCACAGCGGUAGAUUCUCGCAAUUGCUGUUGGGAAUUUGAAAUUGGGGCUUUCUGCGCAAAGGGAACUGUUUCGAUCCUCCAAUUUGUCAGCUUGGCGCGUAACCCCUUGAUCGGCCGAUCGAAUUCGGGUCCAAUGGAUUUGGAAACGGAAAACAGAAUAGCUGCAAUCCUUAUGAAAGAAGCAGCGGAGUUUCGUCGACAAGCUGAGAAAGAAGGUGCACUUGCCUAUCUUAGCAAGUCCUCUGUUAAGACACAGCCCAAUUCGAGGUUUCUCACCGCAACUGUUCUUGGGGUGCAACAAGCCAAUAAAGCUGUGGAAGUGAACGAAAUGUGGCGACUGCGUCAGAAGGAGCUGGAGCUUGAUAAUCGGAUCAAAGGAAGAUCAAGAGAUGAGAGCAGCAGUAGGAGAGACCGUAAGGGUGCUAGUUCUUCGAGGAGCACCAGCACUAGGCAUGAUAUAGAUGAUUACAGUGCUGAACCUUCAUGUUCUCAAAGUAGAAGUGCACAUGAAAGUCGCCUUAAAAGAGGAGAUGAAGGUUUGGGGGAUGAAGAGAUUGAAGAGUUUCUACACUCAAGGGUCAAGCGCGGAAGAGGCGGAAUAGGGUCGAGGAUAGAUGAAACAGGUCCUUACCUUCCGUCUUGCCCAGGUUCCAAGGAAUUAUCUCCAAGUCCCGAGUUUAGGGAAGCACGUGUAACGUAUGGGCCAGAGAAACCAUAUUCACUUAUGGUUUCUGGAUCACCCAAGGAGGACGGUCAUAAAGACAGGCAUAAGAAGGCGAAGAAGGUCCACUCUGGCUCGAGCAGAAAACACACCAGUAAGCACAGAUCUGAAGGAAAGUCUAGGAAGAAGAGAGAGAGAGGAGCAAACAAAAAAAGUAGUUUGAAGAUGUAGUAGCUAAUGUUAUUACUUCUGGGGCGCUUUGCA